UCUUGGACCUACCACUGCAGGCAUGAGGCUCCUCCUCCUUGACCUGCUGUUCCUGGGGGCCUUGGGAUUGUGCUUGGCUGCACCUAGAGAGAAUGUUCGAUGGUGCACCAUCUCCCAACCCGAGGCCACCAAAUGCUCCAAGUGGCAGAAGAACAUGGAAAAAAUAGGAGGUCCCCCUAUCAGCUGUGUCAGGAAGAAAUCCACUCGUCAAUGCAUGGACGCCAUUGUGGCGAAGAAGGCAGAUGCCAUGACCCUUGAUGUCAGCUUGAUGUUGGACGCAGGGCUAGACUCCUACAAACUUCGACCCAUAGCUGCAGAAGUCUAUGGAACGGAAGCCCAACCCCAGACCCAUGUUUACGCUGUGGCCGUGGUGAAAAGCAGCAGCUCAUUACAACUGAACCAGCUGCGAGGUGCGAGGUCCUGCCAUUCGGGCCUGGGCGAGGCCGCCGGCUGGACGAUUCCUCUAGGUCUCCUCCGUCUGUCCUUGAACUGGAAAGGCCCCCCAGAACCCCUGGAAGCAGCCGUAGCCAAGUUCUUCUCCAGCAGCUGUGUCCCGGGGGCCGACAGGACUCGCUUCCCCAAUCUGUGUCACCUGUGUGUUGGGACAAGGACCAAAAAGUGUGCCUUCUCCUCCCAGGAGCCCUACUUUGGCAACCGAGGGGCCUUCAAUCCUGCUUUGUGUGAACGCUUUGGAAAACAGUCAUCAGAGUUCAAGCUCUUUGGCUCGCCUGGUGGACAGAAGAAUUUACUGUUCAAGGAUUUCACCAUUGGGUUUUUGAGGGUGCCGCCCAAGAUUGACGCUAAGCUCUACCUGGGAUCCAGACACAUCACUGCGUUCCAGAACCUGAAAGAAAGUGAAUUCUUUAGUCAAAGCUGUGCCCCUGGGUCUGAGCCGACAUCCAGUCUCUGUGCUCUGUGUGUCGGGGAUGAGAUGGGCCAGCAUAAAUGUGCAGCUAACAGCAGUGAGAGAUAUUUCGGCUACACUGGGGCUUUGAGGUGCCUGGUGGAGAAGUCAGGAGACGUUGCAUUUGUGAAAGAUUCCACCAUCUUCCAGAAUGCCGAGGGAAAAAACACAGAGGCAUGGGCUAGAGACUUAAAACUUGAGGACUAUGAGCUGUUGUGUCUGGAUGGCUCUCGGAAGCCGGUGACUGAGGCUCGGAGCUGUCACCUGGCUAUGGCCCCAAACCACGCUGUGGUAUCUCGGUCAGAGAAGGCAAACGUCGUUGAACAAGUGUUGCUGGAGCAACAGAUUCUGUUUGGAAGAACUGGACAGAAGUGUCCGGGCGAGUUUUGUCUAUUCCAGUCGGACACGAAAAACCUCCUAUUCAAUGACAACACCGAGUGUCUAGCCAGACUGCAGGGCAAAACAACCUAUGUGAAGUUCUUGGGACAGCAGUAUGUCACCGCCACAACUACACUGACACAAUGCUCCACCUCCCCACUCCUGGAUGCCUGUGCUUUCCUAGAGAAGUAAAACUCAAAAAGAAGAUGACCCAGACUCCCCAGGAGCCUGCUCCCCGAUUCCUACAUGGACUGAGCUCCAGUACCCCCUGUCUGGCCUUCUUGAUCUCCUGUUGUCACUUGGAAAGAAAUAAAAAUCAGAGAGCCAUUGUUG